AUGAAAGGAGGAGCUGGUGGAGGCCCAAGAAUUGUUGAGGGCCACGGAGUUGCUCCUGAGGGAGCGGCAGGGCCAAGUGGAGGAGCUGCUGCAGCGGGAGGUUAUGGUGGUCCUCAGGAGCAAGGGGCAGCUCGCGGAAUGCCAGGGCUGGGUGCAGGCUUGACUGGAGGCAAUAGAAUAGUCAAUGGCCACGGAGUAGCUGAGGGAGGACCAGCAGCAGGACCAAGUGCACCAGGUGGAGCUGGAGCAGCUGGAGGUUACGGAGGACCGGCUGAAGGCGGUGCACCACGAGGGAUGCCGGGGACGUCUGCAGGUCCAACAGGUGGUAACAGAAUAGUUGAAGGCCAUGGUAUAGCGGAGGGAGGACCAGCAGCAGGACCAAGUGCACCAGGUGGAGCUGGAGCAGCUGGAGGUUACGGAGGACCGGCUGAAGUAUUGCGCAGCAUGUUUUGUUUGCGUUUCGUCAUCCAGAUCAGCAAGUGUUCGUUU